CCUAAUUUAUAUUCAGAACUUUAUGUGAAUUCAUUUAUGUAUAUUAUGUAAAUAGAAUCGAAAAUAUAUAUAAAAAUAAACUUAUAUCAUUUUUACAAAAAUCCUAUCGAUCCUGAGGAUAUCCUAAAGAUAUUCUUAAUGACUUAUGCCAAGACUCAUAAAUAUGUAUCCGAAGCGAGACAUCCUGACAUUCGGGAUACAAUUGGGAUAUCCCGAGACGUCGUAUACUGUCUGGGAAAUUUCAUCGACUGAUAUCGACCGUUAACAAAUUCAGUCGGUGUCAUUGGACUGAACUUGAUAACCGCAUCGUGGGUCAAUUAUGGAAUAUACAUUAAAUUAGAAUUAGCAUAUAGUAUAUCACUUUAACCGUAUGAUGAAACUAAUCUGAUAAAGAAUAGCGCGCCCAAUACAUACGGAAAACUCCUUCCAGGUUCGGAGUCUAGGAAAACUUACCUUAUAUACUUACCGUCUUCUAAAUCAAAUUGGAGUUUGUACGUGAUACAUUCCUAAACAUACAGCUCGACAUGUCAAAGAAAUACUUCUCUAGGGUAGUUAUAAAAACUUAUGAAAAUCCCAUAAAACGCCUAAACAUGUUCAGUGGGUUUUCUCUAGGAUGUCUGGAGGAUCAUGAACAUGCGGACAUUAGCAUCAUCUCAGAAUAUCCAGAGGAAGGCCCAAGACCUUGUCAGGACGCCCACAGGACUUCUGGAAUAUCCAUUAAGAUAUCCAUGGGAUUUCCUUAGGACAUUCUUGUGCUGUCUGGGAAAUAGUUAGCAAUAAAUUAUUUUUAAAUAUUUAACAUAAAAUUCAAAGCAUAUUUUCAGCAAAUCUUUGCUGGAAAGUUAGUGAAUCGCUUUGCAUGUAACUUUUAUGGAAUAAAUAUGUUACAUAAAAUGUUGUUUGCUCGGUGGAUACAGUUGGCACAGAAAAUAUGCUGGAACCUGCAAUGAACUUGUGGAGUAGGAUUCAAAUGUCGUACUUUCGUUUUGGACAUAAAAUACACGGAGGGGCUGAUCCUGUGUCGCUAGUAUCUCCUCCGUAUCUGUACUUAUCACUUGUUUUUUUUUAAUAUUCAAAAGAUUAACCUCAUUUAUUUAGAAAUUUAAGUAACAAAUAAUAUAUGAUAAUGAUUCUCGAGGCAGAUGAGGAAACGCGUGACUUUAUUACCGUGUAUAAAAAAGAUUAUCGUUCUAAAAGACUUAAAAAAGGACGCACUCAAUAUUCUGAUAAUCAUCACUCUCGAGUUACUGCACUACAUGAUGUAUUCAAAGAGUUUGAUUUGUCAGCUGAUGGACAAUCGGAAGAUUUCAUGAGAGAAUAUGAUGUGAAUAAAAGUUUCUUCGACUGCGAAAAUAAAAAAUACAUGAAGUCUCUUUACCAAACGGAUUACUCUAAAAAUUCAGGUGAUUACUUAUCGUUAAGAGCAAAAAAUACAGGAGAAAAUAGACCGAAAAUAACUUUACCAAAAGAUUGGCUAAUCCCGGAAACAGUGCACAGAACAUCUUACAGAAAUCCGCGGGACAUGUCCUCGAACGUCAUGUUCCAGAGAAAAACCCUAACCAAUCCUGGGAGUAGUUUAGCUCCGAAUGCAAAGGAAAGAGAGAUACUUCAAGUCACAACUGGUACAACCGAGUAUGAAAGAACGAUUAGCUCUACAGCUGCGCAAAUCAUCAGGGAACGACUACUAGGUGAACCACUGCCAUUAGAGCCAGUGAUAAAAGAAACCAAAGAUACUGCUCUCAUAAGAUCAGAAUGCUCAAGCCUCCUGAAAUCUCAGAAACACUCAGCAUUCUUCAAAGUAUUUUAAUUUUAUAAAACUCAGUUUUCUUCAACUUUAUCU